GUUCCAGAAGCGUCUCUGCAUAUAUUUGCGCUUGCGGGACAAUGCAUGCUAAUUAUCAAACACUCUACAUUAUGACUAUGCCUGAAAGGUGAUAGAAUGAAUCGAACUACACAAGCUGAUUAUGUAACACAUGUACGCUUGGACUAGAUUCCACAGUGUUUUGUCUAUCUUCACAUACGUUCGUGGUGACAAAGUCGAGUUUAUUUGACGCUUCUGAAAUCCUAUAAUAAUUGAAUGAAGGGUCGGGGGGCUGUCAGGAGAAUCAUUAAGUUUAUUUGCUUUUGUAUUAGGUUCCACAAACGAUUGCAGGUCUUCAAAUAUCUCGGGAUGAAGAAAUUCGACUUCAUUUAACGCUUUUGAGACUCUUUCAUUGUUGAAUUCUGGUGUUGGUGGCGUGUCUGGGGAUACAAGCAUUUCAUUGACGUGCUCCAGUCAGCCAGUAAUUUGAAUUGUUUGCUUUCGUACGCAAUCUCCUUUGCAUUUCUUCAACGUUUUCUUGAUCUUUGAAUUGGUUUUGAACCCAACGGGGCCAUUUCAUGUUGUUAAAGAGUUUCAUCUGGUUUAGAAAAACGAAAACGCAGCCAUAAACGCUUGAUAAAAACAAAAAUAAAAAUAUUUCAUUGACAUGAACUAUUGUUUAAUUGAGUCGUGCAGAACUCUUUUAUAACUUAUUUUAUUUAAGAAAUAACUCCUCUGACCGAAUGAAUUAUUGCGCUAUUCAUUUUCAUUACAACGUCUUUCUUGCAAUUUUUAAAUUAACUUUUGUUACACUUUACUUGCAGGUUCUAAACGUUUGUUUUAUUUGUCUGGAGGAGGACUUCAACAUUCCAUCCUCCGGCUGUUGUGGACAAGCUGCCCACACUAGAUGUAAAGUACGUUGGAUGAGAACAAAGAUCCGAACGGCCAUACAAUGCCCCGCCUAUACGGAGCAGUAUCCCCUGCCUUCCAAAGAAGAAACGGCAGUGGAUGAAAUGCUCAUGAGGCAUUUAAGACAAUUUUGCAGGGAAACACACCCAGAAAUCCAAGUACAGAGGACGUGCAUUGCGUGUGUAUAUUAAGACACAGGAUUAAAUCCCUUGCAAAGACAUGAUUUUGCAUUUAAUAUAAGAAGGAUUGCCGCGUGCAUGUCGGCGGUAUGCCACAUUGUUCGCGUUUAAUGAGGCAGCUUCGUCAUUAUUAUGGCUAACUUCUCAUUAGUCUCGAACAAUGUCUACGCGAGUGUACAAAAUCUUAUUUUAAAUGCAAAAUCAUGCUGGUACUGGAUUUAAUCGCGAGUAAAAUAUACGCAGGCAAUGUCGUGCACACCAAUUACUGUUUGUUUCUGAUUUUAUUAAAAAUCAACCUUGUAAAUAAUAUAGAUCCCGUUUUAUUAACAUCAAUUUUAACUCUUUUCCGUUUUUGCAUUAUAAAUACACUUAUUUUAAAAACCGUGUGAUGGAUAUAUACCACAAAUGUUUUCUUUUUCAUUUCAAUUUCAUUUUUUUUUUCUAUUAUUGUGUCUUUUGUAAAUACAUCCAUGCAUUUCUAAACCAAUGUAAAUAGACGAGCUUUUCUUUUUGUUUUUACCU